AUGUCGGCCGCCACGAAUACUCGAUUUACACCAUGGCAGAUUAUAGUUGCCGCAUUAUCUACAUUAUAUGCUGGCCGUCAUCUCGAUUCGAUCAUAGGAUUAGGCUCUCCAGAACCCCUUGCUCGACUGUAUUCACGCUCGUACUAUCGUGCUACAUGGAUCACAACAGGCCUCGACGCCGGACACGCAACAGCUAUGAACAUCCAGCCUAAAUGGCUACGUGACCUCGCAGCCAUGGCAUUCUCAGCAUACUACGUGAUAUAUGCCAACGAAGCAGAUGACAAGUUACGAAAAUACCGCGCGACGGCCUCGAUCGAAAUGCUGCGCACGUGUUGGGAAAAGACGUCGAAAAACCCGUGGAUCCGGGCGAUCACGUAUUUUGAACGGCCUCGGUUGCCUGUAAUGCGCAAGAUGGUGUUUCCUCGACAGGGUUCUGACCAUCCGUUUACGGUGUACUUGUACUUUGCGAAACCUGAGCAAGAGCUCGGGAACCAAAGAGAGCUGAUAUUGGAUUUCCCUGGGGGAGGGUUCAUUUGUAUGAGUCCUUUGGACCAUGAGGAGCGAUUAAGGCGCUGGGCGAUUAAAACGGGCCGACCGGUGUUGGCAGUUGAUUAUCACAAGGCUCCGGAGUUCCCAUACCCGUUCGCGAUCGACGAGUCGUUUGAAUUGUACAAGCUCAUUGUCGAUCCAAAGGCAAGAUCCUAG